GGGUCCCAGAAUUGACCGCCCAUAUGGCAUCAAACCAUAUCUAUGAAUUUGCAGUGCUUUCAGAACAGUGGUCGUCCACUCGUUGAAGUUGUUCACUUUGUUCUGACUCUUACUCACUUUUUUUGUUGAUCGAACUUAACAAUGGACCUCGUCGCAAAGAACAAGGAGACGGAUAUCGGGAAAAUCUCACUCUAUACCCUUAGUGCAUUUGUCCCACUGUUGGAAGAGAGGAGGACUGAGAUAGAAAAGAUCGAGAAGAAGGAAUUUCAGUAUGGCGAACGCUAUAGACAUUACUUAGACGUUUACUAUCCUAACCAACCGUCUGUUACUGCUAACGCAAAGACGCCCAUAUUAUUCUUCAUAUACGGAGGUGGAUUCAACACUGGCUCACGUAUCUUGCCACAACCAUACUCAAUGGGUUAUCGCUCCCUCGGCUCCUUCUUCGCCCAGCGAGGCUUCAUCACGAUCAUCCCCGACUAUCGUCUCGUCCCCGAAGUGCGUUUCCCCGCAGCAUCUGAGGAUGUCCGUGAUGCUAUAACCUGGGUAUCGAAAAAUGCACAGACAAUUAGCACCCCGUCCAUAGAACCAGACGUUGAAUACAUGUUCGUCAUGGGCCAUUCUGCUGGGUCUGUUCACCUCAAGAUCAUGACUCUAUAUCCCGAUCUUCGGCCGACUGUGCCUCCCCUGAAGGGCUUGAUAUUCAGUGCUGGUGCAUGGUUCUUCAAUCCUCCUGGGACUGAUUUGGAGAAGGGUCCGCUGAGAUUUUAUUUUGGUGCUUCAGAGCUGAUGCGGGAGAGAGAGCCAAGAGCUUUGUUUAACUUGCUAUCGGAUGAGGAGGUGAAGGCCCUUCCUGAGAUACUUUUGGUCGAGGCGGAGAGAGAGCCGGGUUGGCUAAAGAUGACGGGGGCGUGUCUUAAAGAAGACCUAGAAAGACGGCUUGGUAAACAAGUGAAGAAGAUCGUUGGCGAGGCUCAUAAUCAUAUCAGCCCUAAUUGGGCAUUAGGGUCUGGUCAAGGAGAGGAGUGGGGAGAAGAGGUUGCGAGAUGGCUUAACGCAAGGCUGGGAACUGAAAACUGAAGGAAUAAUGUCGAGCACAACUGUUUUGGUAUGUAAUUCAUUAGUGUUGUAUUGGACAUCCGCUUUUGAUUUCAAGUUCUUUACUUCCUAUGAUCAUGCAAAUCACUAGCUGUUUGUUGUAUAAAUUACGUGAGUUUUUUGGAGUGAGUUUC